UACAUUUGCCGUUUCUCAACAAGUUCGUCGUACGUAUGCAUCUGUUGCAUUCCUAUGUGACAAGCAUGAAGGGCGCGCUUGACGAUUUCAAAGUGAUGCUCACGAGGAAGGAGUCCUUCACCUGCCUCGCCAAGGCGGUCGCGUUGCUUGUGAUCUUCGCGCUCGGCGCCGUCACCGGCCUCUGGGCGGCCGCCGGGCCCCGCGGGUACUACGACUACGACACCAGCAUCCAGUUCCCGAGCACCACCGUGAUCGUUGGCCGGGGCCGCGUGUGUUGCCGUCCCGACCCGGACCCCGGCUUCGCGGAGUUCGUGGCCCCGACGCGCCUCAUGCACGACAUGAAGGACGAGGAACUGUUCUGGCGCGCCACGUUGGUGCCGGCCGCCGGCGUGUACCCGUUCGAGCGUGUGCCGAAGGUGGCCUUCAUGUUCCUCGCCGGCCGCGGCGUCCUGCCGAUGGCGCCGCUCUGGGAGCGCUUCUUCCGCGGCCACGAGGAUCACUUCUCCGUCUACGUCCACGCGCCGCCUGGGGUAGCAAUCAACGUCUCCGUGGAUUCGCCGUUCUACGGCAGGCAGAUCCCCAGCCAGAAAACCUCAUGGGGCUCCGUGUCACUGAUGGACGCAGAGAAGCGGCUGCUCGCGAACGCGCUGCUUGACUUCUCCAACGAGCGGUUCGUCCUCCUCUCCGAGAGCUGCAUACCGGUGCACAACUUCUCGACGGUCUACGAGUACCUCGUCGACUCGCAGCACAGCUUCGUGGAGGUCUACUACCGGAGCAACAAGCAAUGUCGCGGGAGGUACAGCGGCCGCAUGGCGCCGGACAUCACGCUGUGGCAGUGGAGGAAGGGCUCCCAGUGGUUCGAGCUCAGCCGGGACAUCGCCACGAGCAUCCUGACGGACACCAGGUACUACCCGCUCUUCAGGAGGCACUGCCGGCCGUCGUGCUACCCCGACGAGCACUACGUCCAGACGUACGUGAACAUGCGCCACGGCGCGCGCAACUCGAACCGCACCGUCACGUACGUCGACUGGUCCAGGGGCGGGUCGCACCCGGCGAUGUACGGCGCGAGGGACGUCACGCCGGAGCUGAUCCAUAGCAUCAGGACGAGCGAAGAGCCAUGCAUGUACAACUCUCGCUUGACAUCAACCUGCUACCUGUUCGCGAGGAAGUUCGCGCCCAACGCGUUGGCGCCGCUGCUCAACAUCUCGGCGACGGUCAUGCAGUACUAGGGAUUUUUUUU